AGGCCAUAUGCCACCAAGCGAACAGUCCCGUGCCAAGGUCUUUUCCACUACAAAUCCGCCAAGCCACAAACAAGAAACUUAGGCUACUCCUUCGAAAAUGAGCAGGGAAACAAAUCCAUCAAAUGCAUCUGGCUUGGACGUUGGGAUGGUGAUUGUGAAAUGGAUGUAGUGAGACUCGUCACUCGGGGCAGCAGGCGAUCGAGAGAAGCGGGGUGGGCGGGAGUGCGCUGAAGUCACGAUAAAAAGGCUUUGCUGUUGAAAAAACCUCUUAAUUCUUUCUGCUGCCUUCAGUUCCACCACCGUGCGUUAUGAAGCGUCCACCUGGAUACUUACCAUCUUUACGCAAAUUUAUGUGACUUUCUUUCCCUCCCGAAUUGGAUUCUACUUUAUGAUGAUUUUGGAUAUGUACCAUCGGGAUGAAGAGAACCCUUUUCCUGUCCGCCGAAGUAAGAUAAAUUAUGGUGUCGCGCACAUUGAAGUUACUCCUCUCGUUCCAUAUGAAGAAGUCUAACAUCUGGAUAUGCGCCUGUGUCUAUUUAUUGCUGUACAUACCAGUUGCUGCCUAUUCCAGUGAAAUAGGAAAUCCCAUAACAGAUGACAUCAAAAAAAUUUCAUUGUUGAAACAGAAUAUCCCGAAAGACUACAAGAUUACACUACAUUAUAUACCGAAAGAAGUGAGUGGUAUGUGCUGGGUGAAGCUUAAUGUAUUUCACUUGGAGGUGAGCUUAAAAGGCCUGAUGCAGAAGUUUGGGAAUAUAUCCACCAAUAAAGAUAAUAUAGGCACUUUUGUCCAAAUACUGCAAGAGAUGCGGUACCACAUGGGAAUUGGCUUGGAGGAUUCCAUGCUAGAAUUCGAGUGUCACUACAUAGAGGAGAUGUGGCUUACAGCAAGGUAUUUUGAAUUUGUUGUGGACUUUUUCAACACUGCCAAUUCGUCGAGAGAGGCUAAGGACUGCGAGCCUCCUGCAUGCCCCACAUCUACAAAAACAACAGUUACGACAACCACUACAGUGUCGACAACAUCAGGAAAGCAUACUGCAAAUGAGAGACUCAAUGGUUCUCCCGAUUAUACAGAAAAAGGGGUCCUCAUUCCAAAAGUGGUGGAGUACAGCCUAUUGUCGCUCCUCGCCAUCCCGUUAAUUGCAGUGGUGUUUCUGCUGUUCUGGAAGAUUAAAUCCAGCAGAAAUGCCCCCCAAACUGAACGGGGCAUAGAAGAAGGCCCUGCUCUUUUCUCAGGAGAGGAAGCCAAUAUACCCCCAUUAGAUGCGGAGAUAUCUGAAAAAAACAGAUUAAAUAUUAUCAGGGCUGUGUAAAUCCAGCUUUCAGUUUAAUCAGCACAGUCACUUCUUCAGAUGGCACAAUGGACAGAAACAAGCAAGCAUCACCUCUGAAAGAUUCUCACGUCUUUUACCAAACUGCUGGCUGUGAAGGACACAAACUGGCCUGAAACACAAUAACUGCUCUUUGAGGACCAAUGCCCUCUCUUAACAACCACUGGCAAGACCUUUUGGGCUAGAUAUGGUCACUCCUUCUGAGAACUUCUGAGAAUUGCUCUUCAUGCGCGUUAACGCUGCCUUCUCCUCUUGGAGAUCACAAGGAGACUGUGCAGGAGGUAUUUGAUGAAAAACAGAAUGCAGAUUGAGAUCGCAUUUUUGAGCUCGGGAGCUGCAGUUCAGAAAGAGAGCAGCCAUAUGUUGCAUGAGAAAAUACGGUUAUAUCUAAAAAGAUUUAAAGCAGAACUUACUACCUCCAUCAGCACUGGUCCAUCUCCUUCUGUCCUUCUUUGUUCCUUUGUCUUCUCUCUUUUUCUUUGGUCUGGGUGUCCAGAUAGACACCUUUCCAUUUUUUCAGUGCUUGAAUCAGUAAGCCAUUCUCAGAUUGUAUCAUCUGAUUUGUGAAUUGUUUUAUUGUCACUAUAAACUGGUGGUGUGGAAUUAAUUAAUUUAUUUUCUGAAUAUGAAAUGACACCUGCAUGGCAUCAUGUAUGGCAUCAUAUAAUGAUUGAGAUAAUAAAUAAUUAUCUCAAUCCUAAAACAUAUCCUGUAAUCCUUAAUUGCUUGUGUACUUCAACAAUAAACCCUACACUACUAGCUGCAACCUUGUAAGUACACAAUUAUAGCUCCUCAUUUGAUAGAAGCCAUCAUGUGAAUUUGUUUUUAUGCUGUAUAUUAAAUCAAUUUUUCUCAACUGCUCAAAGUAGUCUUUCAACACACCCAAGAUAAAAACAAUCUUUCCUUGAUGGCUUUUUGAUAUAUAAAGUCUGUUUCAGUAUUUUAAAAGUGAUUUAGUAUAAACCUCUAGUGGCUGCUAAUUUAACGGAUUAUUCAGAUAAUAUCAGAUUUUAAUUUAAAAGAAAAGUCUUUUAUGGCAUAAUAUAAUUUGACUUGCAUAUGCAAAAUCAACGAUCGUUCAUACACAUCAACUUAACUAUGCAUAAACAUGGAUUGUUUUAUAGCUAACUAAAUAAUUAAUUUAUGGGUCAAAUAAGAACUAAAAGAGUAUUGACAACAUUUCUAAGAGCGGUACACAAACAAAAGUGUAGUUUCACAACACGAAAAAUUACUUCUUAUAGUGGACAACUGAAAUAGAAGAUCUCACUAACUUUGGAUAGAAAGUUAGCAAAUAGAACAAACUGAAUUAUAAAACGUAUACCAUAUGUAUGAUUCUACUUUUGUAUUUUUUUGCCUUUCAUAGCAUGGCUCUCCCUGUAAAGAUUCUCUUGGAUAACCAGCCAUAUAUUUAUUAUGGAAAGAUAAUAUCGUAACGAUAUAGCACUAGUUAUAUUCAAAAAUUCCUCUAUGACAUUUCAGAUGAUUUUCAAAGAUAAGCAAGACCGCCAUUUGGCAUAAUAUGAUCCAGUUCCAGAAUGGUCUCCUGCUGAGUACGAAUCAAUAUAUGCAGGUCCACAUCUGACGUCUUACAUUGCUUGCUCUAAAUCUGUACAUACUGGUUUAUGAUAGCUACAAUUUGUAUUGAUUGAUUUGUAAUGAUUUUGAGACGAAAUUCAGAGAAGAUCAUAUUUAAUUUUAUACCCUGCUUUUUUCCAACUGGUUGUGAUGAUCUACAUAAUGUAUUUUGGGGAAUAACCUGUUGUCUGCCUCUGUAAUUUAAAUUUCUUCACUAAGAUAACUUUCUUAGUUAGAGUUCGGCAGUCUUUAAGAUAUGUGAAGCUAACAAUUGGUGAAUACUCUCUCAUCGUGGUUUAGGUGGAAGUUUACAGAAAUCUGUAUUAACAUUAGCAGCAAUUUAAUCUUCCCUGAACGUAGUGUUCUUACGAAUUUAUGUCCAGUUAAUCCAACAAUCAGAGUACAGUUAAAGCUCUCAGUGAAGCGUGUCAUUAUACAAAAUAUUUGCGUUUCAAUCACGGAUUUCCUGUCAAAUAUUUUCAACCCUCUUGAUGUAGUUCAGGACAGUGUUGGCAGUGUUAAAGAUUGCAAUUUGGUGAGCUCAGAUGUUGUGCUGUUUAUCGUAUACAGUAAUUCAUUUUCAUGUUGGCAUGAUUUCGUGAUGCUGGAAAACAUCUUUGGCUAAUUUGGUUGAGAAGUUGCACUCAAGACUAUGUAGAGGUAUGCAUGGGCGAAGAUUCCUUUGGCUCUUGACAACAAAAGCCUUUGUCGAUGCCCAGAUAACCUUCUGCGUAUAGACAAGUAAUAAAAGUAAAAAGAUACAGUACUGCAAGCUGCACCACAAAAAAAGUGUAAACCAUUGGUUCUCAGCUGGUUUUGCUUCAGGACAUCACAAUCGACAUCAAUUGGCUAGCCAACAUAGCACCAAAAUUGUUUCUCAAACAACAGAAUGUAUAAAUGAUUAUUUUAUAUUCAAAAAUGAAUUGGUUCAAAAAUAUGCAAAAUUAUUACCCAAUUGUGGUCGGCACAAGCCAUGUUCAUCCUUGUUGCAAAUUAAGCAUUAUUUUAUGUAGUCUGAAUCAUCUUUUCUUUUACCUUGUGUAGGUUUAUUCAUGGUUUUCAAAGAGGGCAUGUCACAAAACAUGUCCAUGUUGGCUUCUACCAAGUGACAGAUGAAUUUAAACCAUUGACUUUAAUUGGAUGCACAGCAUUUGAUGUCAACAUCUAAUGAUGUGGGAAGAAUGUUCUCUUCCCUUUUAAAAGUUAAUAAGCCUGUUUAUUUUGCUAACUAUAUGUGAUAAUAUGGUUAUUAGCAGCAUGUUAUUUGCAUUUAGCAUUGUUUUUCCCCUGCAGAACACGGUUGUGACCCAUCAGUUUGAGAACCACUGGUGUAAACUUGAAAAGUCAGUUCGAGAACCACUGGUGUAAACUUGAAAAGUUUGUAUCAUUAAUGUUGUAUGACUUUUGUGUGUGAAACAUGCUAAAGUUAUGAAAAAAAGUGUUCAUGUGGCAUCCUCCACAGACAAUAUAAACCAGCCUGUGAAAUUACUACCACUGCCCUAAAACUACUGGGAGUGUUGGCACAGUGUCUGAAAGCAUUGUUAUACAAACAGCCAUUUCUUGGUUUGUGAUACUGAGAUCAGAGGGACAAACAAUGGAACUGAACCAGGAAAUUCUUAUUUUUUAAUUCGGCAUGAUCCCAACUACUGUAAUCGGAUACUGGAUCAUAUUUUACAAGACUGCAGAACACAGCUAGUCAGGAAGCCAGUCAGGGUGCCAAAAGUAAACAAGGAACUGUGGCCCAGACAUUUUCUGGGUAACAGUCUACUGUAUUCUGUAUUUUAUAUGAAUGUAUGCAAAUAUAUGUAUGAGAUGUGAAUAAAGUACAUUUAU